GCAAAAUCCAUCUCAUUGGACUGGCGAGUUGAGGGGCCAAUCUUUGAGUGUUCCUCCCAGGUCGAGCGCGCGAUCACCUGUUCCCUCAAAAGUAGCCUGCGGCAAGGACCAACAAUAAUGUCCACGGAAACAUAGGCCAUCGGCCCUCUACCAAUAUCAAAAUCCAUAUAAUUGCUGCAGGAAAGUUGGCCAACAGUUCGGUCCGGCAGCAGCGACCUCGCCCACCAUGCAGGCCACGAGGACCCUGAUGUACAAGGGCUUCUUCGGCCGCAGCCUCGACGAGUUCAAGAGGCUCUCCAACAUUGUCAUCAACCUCGAGGGCAUCAAAGGCGCGCAGGGGCCCUACGAACUCCACAGCUUCCGCGACCCAACAUCCAUCCAAGACUGCAAGACCAUGUCCGACGUUGAAAUAGGCGGCGUCUCGACAUCCAAUCUCGACUGGGUGCCGUCGUCAUCCGGCACCCCUCCUCCCUCCCCCAACUCCCCCGGCUACGCCCGGUUCCACGGGACCAUCUCGACCCAACUCCCCAAAGACCGACCGGACAUCAAGCGAACGGGGUACGCCGCAUUUCGAACACGCGACCGGCCGCCGACCAUCUUCGGGCGUAGCCUAUGGAACAUGGAUCCGUACGUGUACCUGGCGCUGCGCGUCAAGUCGGACGGGCGGAGCUACUUCGUCAACGUGCAGACCGAGUCUGUCGUACCCACAGACCUGCACCAGCACCGGCUGUUUGUCAAGAAACCGGGGGAGUGGGAGACGGUGCUGAUCAAGUGGAACGACUUUGUGCGCACCAACCACGGCUUCGUCGUCGAGCCCCAGACCGAGAUCAUGCGCCAAAAGAUUCGCUCCGUCGGGGUCGGGCUGACCGACAGGAUACCGGGCCCGUUUGAGCUGUGCAUCGAGAGGAUAUGGGCUACCAAUGAUGAUAGCGAGGCGGCGGACGCGGACGAUGCCGUGUCGUUGUUAAGCUCGAGAGAGGGGGAGCUCAAGACUAAGCAAGGGCAAAAAAUCGCGCCGCAAUUUCAUACCUUAAAAUAUAUGGCCGAGGGGGUACUGGUGAUCUGGAAAAGACGCAGGCUGCUAGAGGCCUCAGCGCUGCUGGCGAGUUGGGAUUAUCAAAUACACCAACACACCUGAAUCUUGUACAUAUUGAUGAUCUAUCCUGUACGAAUACAAGCAACUUCAUCAGAUUGGAAGAGGCCGAAACCUCUCAACUA